AUGUCGUUGUCUUCGCAAGAUAAUGCAAGAGCUUCCUUUCCACAACAAAACAAUCCACAACAACGUAUUGUAUUUGCAGGUCAACCCAACCUUUCAACUCCUCCAUCGGCGCAACAACAACGAGUUCCCUAUCCUCGGCCCCCUCAAGGCGGAAUUCGGGUUGGAGUGCAACAUAAAUCACCGUAUUCCACCCCAUAUGCUCCAAGUAAUAUACAGGUUCAGACGGUACCUUCGAGACAAAAUGGACUCCAGAACGGAAACGGCGAGUUCUCUGCAGAGCAGCAGAUCGCCCAAGGUGUCUUGAGUAAUCCGUCUUCUGGCUCCGGAUCCAACACCCCGCAACGAAGACCCCCUCCUCUAGGCACAACGAUACAUAUGCCAUCUCAUGGCACACCACAGCAACAACAGCAGCCCAUGAGCUUACAGAGUACGCCAAUGAACAUCAACCAUGCCAUGAACCCAACUUCUACAUCGCUGCACCAAGCUCAGAGGCAGUCGCAGAAUGGGUCUCCAGCACUUCAACACCUAAACUCACAACGAUCUGCCAUGACUUCUUCUCCAGUAAAUGCGAAUGGUAAUAUGGUUUCACGCCCACAGGAUGCCUCACCUCAUGAAUCCCAUGAUAUGUCGAUGAUCGAUCCUCAAUUGGCAAUCGAUCAACAGCUUUCGGAUCCAAACAGCUCCAUGAUGCAAGCACAGCAGCAGUCUCACCAAAUACUCCAGACGGAACACAGUCCUAUCGAGCCAGUACUGCCAGAGAACAUGCUGAGUGCUCCGCCCGGAGGUAGCUAUCCUACAUUCGAGGCUCUGUUCGCAGCUGCGCAGUCGCACGCGUUGUCACAUGGAUAUGCAUUUGUUAUCGGUAGAUCCAAGCGGGAUAACCGAGGUUUAAAGAAGGUCUUCUUAAUUUGUGAUAGAGGAGGCAACAAUAAGGAGAAGGUUCCGGGAGAAGCUCGUCAGCGAAAAACCAAAUCCCGGAAAUGUGGCUGUGAAUUCGGUGUGUUCGGAUUAGAGACCAAGACAGCCUGGAUAUUGAGAGGCCGAAUUGAUGGAGAGCAUCUUUCACAUAAUCAUCCGCCCAGCGAUAGUCCUACGGAGCACCCUGGAGCACGAAAGUUGGAUCCAAAAGCUAUCGCAGCAGUCAAAGCUUUGGAAGAAAAUGGCGUCUCCGUAAAAGAAACCCUGGAAAUUCUCCACCGCGACAACCCCACCGUUCGCUACCUCCCUCGGGACAUCUACAACGCGCGCGCAGCCAUAAAACGCGACCCCUCGCGCGUCGAAGCCACAGCUAUGGAAGAACUACCCACAUUCUACAAAAAGCCACCGAUGACAUUCGAAGAGAAACUCCGCGCCGAACUCCGCACCGAAGUAGCAAACGCGCAGGCAGAAGUCGAGAAGGUGAGAGAGGAAUGGGCGAAGGAGGUUGAGGAGCUGAAGGAGAAACUUAGACAGAAAGACAAAAUGAUUACGAAGUUUGAACAGUUUAUUGAUAUAUGUAACGAGAGGGUUAUGGUUAGACGGACGGAAUUGGGGGAUGUGGAGAAUGGGGGGACGCCUACUGGUUAG